AUGUCUUGGGGAUACGAAAGGAGCGAGUGUCCUCCAGCAAAGUGGGAUACCCAGUUCCCUGUUGCUAAUGGAGAGAGACAGUCCCCAAUCGAUAUAAUUACUGGACGAGUGAAGGUUGAUAAGAAACUCAAGGCUCUCAAUCUUCAAUGGAAGAAUGAAACUGCCUCGGAAAUCUUCUGCAAUGGGCAUUCUGUACAAGUCACUUUCAAGCCCGGCUCGACUCUAACUGGAGCUCAUUUGUCUUCUGAAUAUGAGUUGCUUCAGUUUCAUAUUCACUGGGGAUCUGAAAUUGGACAAGGCGCCGAGCAUUUCAUCAAUGGAGAAUCAGGCGAUGCAGAAAUCCACUUUGUUCAUUGGAAUAAAAAGUACGGCUCGCCAGAAGAAGCGAUGAAGAACGGCGAUGGAUUGGCAGUCGUUGGUGCUGUAAUUCACGAACGAGAUGACGUCGAAGGAGAGUAUCAAAACGAUUUCAUGAAUGAUGCUUACUCCUUGAUAUUUACUUGUAAUGAAAUCGGAAAUAGCUUCGCUGUGCCCUGGAAAGUUUCUGACCAAAUUCUUCCCAAAGAACUUCGAUAUCGGCAAAAAGUACCAAAUCUCCAAGCCGAUGGAACUUCUCGAACUUCUUCCUCAAAACAAAAACUUUUAUUGCUACGAAGGUAG